UCAAGAGUAACCAGUCAAACUAUACAGAAUUGCCAAACACACACGUGUUUCUCCACAUAGCAGAAUCCACAUCAUAAUACCGGAGUUCAAAACCAGGCAGCAAGACAAGAAGAAGAGCGGAGUGGAUUUUAACAGUCAGAUUACCAAUAUUGUUUAUCUGAAGGGAAAUGUCCAACUAGACUGGAGAAUUUAACUGUGGAGAAAGGGUAACUGAAAGAAGGAAGACCGAUAAUAAGUCGGUCAGUAAAAUCCUGGAUACACGUCAUACGAGUCAUACGAGUCGACCAGUAAAUCAUAGUGUUCACAUAGGACAUUGAUACAGGGUAUUUUGCUCCACGAUGUGGAUUUGUGGUAAAAGUACCCGGUAAAUAAUUCAAUCAGUACCUCUCUAUUUAAUCAGAGGACUUAAGACCUUUAGAGGAAACCAUGGCCACGUACUUUGCUGCCACGGUCACAGUGGCUUACACAGCCUGGUUGUUUUUCAUCACCUCAUUAACCUGUGGAGACUCAGCAGGGGAUACAGCAGAAAAGUGUGACGUGAGGGUGUGGUACAUUAGCAAGAUAGGAGAAGGCAUGUUUCCUAUGGAGCUCACAGCAGAACAACAGACGAUAAAAACAACAAUAGAAAACAUGAUUCAAAAAAGUUCCACUAAUCCUGAAGACUCACUGGUGGACUGUUCCAUGUUGAAUAAUUACGAGUCAACAUUUAAACCGGCUCCACAAAACGACGGGGCAGAGUCGGCGGCGUCAGAAAGCGAGGAUACGGCAGAGGAAGAAGAGAGUCCGACAGGAGGAGGAUGAUGUAGAGGUGGACGAGACAGAAAUGGCUGACGACGACAUAGACAGUGAAGAUACAGACAUCGACCACGACACCAGUGAGCAUAUGGCAGCGAGUAGGUCUAGCGGUGCCGCGCAUGAAACAAUUGCUGUUGUUAAGCCAGCUCUUUCGUCUUUGUGGCGAAAGUGUAGAAGGCAGAGAUCUCAUCAAACUGCUGUGAGUUGCGUUUUCGUGAACACCGUCACGUUUCAAUGCUUCUUGCAAUGGUCAGAGGUACCGUCUACAAAUGCUGACACAGCAGUGAAGCAAGACCAUACUGCCAAUGGCGCCAAAGAAAAUCAAGACAAAAGUGAGGGCAGCAAUGCAGACUUUAAAGAUGAUAGCCGAGUUAAAAAUGACCCCGAAGCAGGGCCACAGACACAGGAGAAGAACCCCGAAAAUGAUAGGAAGUCAGAAGAAGAAAAUCCAGUGAUGGACGAGUCAGAAAAAGAUGACGUUGAAGAAUCAAAAAAAGACGAUAGACUUUCAUCUGGAGGAGAGGAAAGUUCCAAAUCUCAAGACGUCAACGGUCGUCACAGCCGGGAAAACUCCAUCUGCCACCUCUGCUGAAGACAAACCCAGUGCCGGUAACAUAGACAUCAUACAUUUUCAACAAAUGAUUGAAAAAAGGGCAAGUGAAUACAUGCUUAAGAUUCAAACUAUGGAAACUCAGAUCAUGCGACUGGAAAAUGAACUUUUGAUGGAAAAACUGAAUAAACAGAAUCACACAUCGUCAUUCAGCCGUUUGGAAAACCAGAUUCAAUUAGAAAAUGAGUUGCUGAAGAUGACAUUGAGUUACGAUGAACUCAGAGAAGAAAACGAGAAGAUUUUGAAGAAACAAAAGAGUUUUUUAGAGUUAGAUUACGUGAAGCGCCCUGGUGACUUCCGGCGUCUACCUGACAAUUCAACCAAACAGUUCGAGUUGAUCAGUCAGCACCAGAAUAAGAUAUCAGAGCUAACAGAUCAUCUACGUAAUCAAAGCAAACUUAUUGACAAGAUCAAAGGACAGUCCGACAGUUUAGAAGAUCAGAACAGAAUGUUGUUUCAGAUCGUUAUGAAUCAGACUAUGCUGAUUUCUCAAAUGAUGAAAAAGGUCGAAUCUCUCUCCGAUUCAAAUAUCAAACAUCACAUGCAACAACAACUCAUCACAGACAAACUUGGCAUUGCUCUGGCUUCCGGUGACGUCAUGGACGCCCUCCAUUCGCUUGUCUCAGACAAGUUUCCUUUGGCUUCCGUUGACGCAAAUAAAACAAAAACUUCUGAAAGUGGCGCAAAGAAGAGUUCAGUAAAAUCGGGCCGUGUCUUCGUUUCGUUGUCACAGUGCAAUCAUCCUACAAGAAACAGUGCAUCCUGUGGUUUUAACAGUGUGAUCCUCUCUCAAUGUCUCAAGAGUGAAAACUUUUCAGUUGCCACAAACACUCCGUCCAGUGUUCCUGAUUUCGUUGAAGGGAAGACUGAAAAUGUAGCGAAGGCAGCCAGCAAUUAUACUGAAAAGACCCCCUGUGAUACCUUAGAGACCUCAGAUUUACCUUCACGGGAUAAUAAGAGUGGUGAAGAGACUUCUGACUCACUUUUACAGGAUGGUAAGAGUCGGUGGAGAGACUUCUGGUGGAAAGAAGAGAGUCAGCAAGAAAGAAAAUGGGAAAGCCGAGGUAUCCAAGAAGAAAAAGUAAAUAAGGUUGAUUCUAAAAAACCGAAAGUGGAAAGGAUACCUCCAUUAUACAACGCGAGCAGACGUGCUGAACCUAAAGAUUGUUCUGACUACUUGCGGCGAGGCAAACAGAAGGAUGGUCUGUACAAAGUGAAGCUAUACGGGUCACGGGAAAUGCUCUCUGUCUUCUGUGACAUGAAGAAUGGAGGUUGGACGGUUAUCCAGCGGCGUCAAGACGGCACUGUCAACUUCUUCAGGACAUGGGACGAGUACAAGAAGGGAUUUGGCGUGUGGGUGUGUAGCUGGUACACUCCCAUAAAUGCCCUGAUCUCGCACAGUGUGGGUGUGUAA